AGCAAAGGCUUGGCUCAUUAAAAGUGACUGCGUUAUAUAGGCGUUUCCUGUUAACCCACCUAUAGUGACGCCCUGGCUUAUAAAUAUACAAAGAAUCCUUUGCCAUACUAGACUUUCUUUGAGCUCGUGGACCGUGAGGAAAACAGCCCUUGUGAAUCAAGCAUGUUUCUAUUUUUUGCCUUCCCUUUGACUCGGGAAGUAGUCGCGAAAAUAACUACGCAUUUGACAAACAAGGGGCACAUUGCAAUGUGGUGAUGGUACAACUGAUAACUUAACGAACAAUAUACCCUUUCUAUGUCGUCUGUGACAUGCGAAUUUGUUUGUGUCAUUGCAUCCAGUGAGUUGUUGCGAUGGCAGCGCGUCUCCCUCCCUGCGUCACUGACUCUGGGACAGGGUAUACCAAGAUUGGUUAUGCUGGAAACACAGAGCCGCAGUUCAUCAUGCCAUCCUGUAUUGCUAUCAGAGAAACAGCCAGUGUGGGAGAUCAAGCACAAAGACGUCUCAUGAAAGGGGUAGAUGACCUUGAUUUCUUUAAUGGAGAUUAAGCCAUUGAUAAACCCAACUAUUCAACCAAGUGGCCCAUCAGGCAAGGCAUUAUUGAGGAUGAAUUCUUGGAGCAGAUCAUUUUCAAAUAUCUCCGAGGUGAGCCAGAAGACCAUAACGUUCUCAUGACAGAGCCUCCUCCCAAUAUCCCAGAGAACAGAGAAUACUUAGCUGAGAUCAUGUUUGAAACUUUUAACGUCCCAGGGCUGUAUAUCGCGGUUCAGGCUGAAGGUUAUGUGAUUGGAAGCUGCAUAAAGCACAUCCCUAUAGCCGGCAGAGACAUCACUUAUUUUAUCCAGCAGCUUCUCAGAGAAAGAGAGGUCGGGAUUCCUCCAGAACAGUCACUGGAGACCGCAAAAGCUGUGAAAGAAAGGUAUUGCUACAUCUGCCCAGACAUAGUGAAGGAAUUCACCAAAUAUGACAUGGAUCCUGGCAAAUGGAUCAAAAAAUACAAGGGAAUCAAUGCCAUCAGGAAAAAUGAAUUUUAAAUAGAUGUGGGAUAUGAACGCUUUCUGGGACCAGAGAUAUUUUUUCACCCUGAGUUUGCCAACCCAGAUUUUAUGCAGCCCAUCUCAGACAUGGUGGAUGAAGUUAUACAGAACUGCCCCAUAGAUGUCAGAUGACCUCUUUACAAGAUCUGUUUACCAAAAUCUUUAUUGGCUUUGAUGGAAAACUUGGUAAUGUAA